AUGGCCGCCAGAUGGCUUUCCUGGCUCCUGCUGCUUGUUGGUGGAAGUGUGAGCUUCGUGGGCAACUGGAAGACACCGACCAUCUCCCGGACGGCUCGGAGGGCGGCUGGACAGCAGCUCUCCCCUCCACCCGUGCCGGCAGAUGCAAGAUCAGAUCGUAUCGGUCAGGAGAUUCUGCUCCUUUGUCUUCUGCCAGCCGGGCCAGCUCACAUCAGAUUGACCGCGCCCUACGAGAGGCGACGUACCUUCCUGGUAGAGUACAUUCCGGGAGAGCUGUGGGGCUUGGAACAGAAACUCGGCCUGCUGUAUGUUCACGUCCCCAUUCGCAUGACAGUCCUGCGUUUAGAGUCUGGUGGACUCUUGGUUUAUGGGGCGGUUGCCCCAACCAAUGAGUGCCUGUCGCUGCUCCGCGAGCUCGAGUCCAAGUACGGGGCCGUCCGUUUUUUGGUUCUCCCGACCGUAGCCGUGGAGCACAAAACCUUUGCAGGGCCAUUGGCCCAGCGGCUUCCUGAUGCAGAGGUCUGGAUCGCUCCAGGCCAGUAUUCCGUUCCUUUACCACUGCCGCUAGCCUUCUUGGGCUUCCCCCUCUUCGGGGUGCGGGAACUGCCGCGGGACAGUGCUGGAGCGGAUCUUCCAUGGGGCAAGGAACUGGAGCACAUUGUCUUUGGCCCGGUGGGCAAGGACCCCUCUACCGGUGCCUUCUGCGAGGCGGCCUUUUACGUCCCGCGUUUGCGGGUGCUGCUUCUCACGGAUUUGCUGAUUUCGAUCCCUCGGGACCCACCGUUG